CCAAGAAAAUCUCUUAACACUCCGCAUAAAUAGAGGGCACAAGGGCCAGAGCAAAUAAUUUCUCCGUAUUCUCCUGCCUUCUCACCACGAGACAAUUACCCACAAUUUCUUCUUCUUUUCAUCUCUCUCUCUCUCUCUCUCUCUUCAUUUUUCUUGUUAAGGCUUUCCAAGGAAAUCAUGGAUUCUACGUAAUCAUGGAAGCCAUAUUUGACCUCAAACUCAAUGCAUUAGACUGAAUUUGCCCAGGAAUCAGCAGAGACCAGUCCAACGAUGUCGAGACGACGCCGCCCUCUCCACACUUGCGGGGUAUCGAUUUGUGCAGUUGGCUCCAAAGUCCACACAAGAAUUCAAGAUUUAGAUGGGCCAGUAGGUUCAGUGAUGAAGAGGAUGAGCUCUUCAGCAGCAGCAGCAUUGCUCCCAAUUGUCCGAGCCAUGCAAUGCCAAUGGCUGGCAGUCCUGUCCUUCGCCGACGAUCAUAUCCUAGCUGUUGAGAAGUUGAUUGAGACCCUCUUCCCGCCUUCAGCCCGGUUGUUCGACAAGAUUGAUGAGUUCGUCCACACUGCAGAAACUGUUCCUGCAAAAUUCGACGAAGCGGUGAGCAAAUUCCCUCUGUUAAUCCACCGAGUUCCGGUUCUAGAUUGGGCAUUUACCUGCCUGAUUGCAUGGCUCAACUUUCUGAUCUAUGCCUUGACUCACUGGCGACUGGACUAUACAAGGGAGAAAGAGAUUAAGGUUGAUACCAACAGCAACAAUCUUAAAGAAGAAGAAGAAGACCACCGUCCCUCGGAGUCUACAGCAGAUGCUCAUUCUGCAGACAAGAAGAAGAGACAGCCUAGGAAAUCUGAUUCUUGCAAAGAUGUUAGGAAGCGCAGUUACAAGGAAAUGCUAGAGAAGGGGAUGAAGGAAAGCGCAGAAGAGGAAGAAGAUGGCAUUCUGGAGGAAAGUUCAUCAGCAUUCACUAGAAAACAGAAUGAAGGUGAAUUCAUCGAAGGCCUUGGAAAUGAACAUCCCCUCUUACAACUGUUCGACACAAGCUGGCACAUGAAGCCGGUAAAGGUAAGCAACGGAAACGUAAUGUUUCGCUCUGCUUCAUACACAUGAUCUGAAAGGGAAGAUGCUGGGAUGAUGGUUUUCCAUCUCUAGGCAUAUCUAGUAGAGUCAAGUGAGAUGUUAAGAAUACUUCUUUAUGAACACUCCUGCAUAUCAGUGUUAAGAUUGAUUUCCUUCUCUUGCAUAACCAACUGCAUCUAUUCACUCACUCUUUAUCCCAGUCUGGUGCCUGAGGAAAGGCUAAACAUCGCUAGAAGUUAUGACUUAUGACCAACUACAAGUGAAUUAAUGAACGAUUCA